AUGCUGAAUGAUGUUUUUUCAUUACUUGUCGCACUCUGGGCUAUCAAGCUUGCAAAACAGAAGUCUACUUCUAGCUAUACAUAUGGGUGGCAACGUGCGGAAGUCCUCGGCGCCUUGGUCAAUGGCGUUUUCCUCCUCGCUCUGUGUUUAUCGAUCUUCCUUGAAGCUAUCCAGCGAUUUUUCGAGCCGCAAGAGGUUGGUCAGCCCAUUCUCGUACUCGCUGUCGGGAGUGCUGGGUUGGCAUCAAAUAUUCUUGGAUUAUUCCUGUUCCAUGACCAUGGUCACUCCCAUGGAGGUGGUGAUAGCCACGGCCAUUCUCACAGCCAUGAUAUUGAAGCUGGAAUUGAUGGCCAUGAGCACCAUAAACACACCCACGGUCUACCCGGUCACAUCCACAACCCCGCCGAAGAUGAUAGUGGCGACAUCGAAGAAAUUCUCCCCGCCAAUGUUGUAGCUCGUGUCGCGUCCGAUGCGAACCCCGUCUCCAGGUCUACUCAGAAACACAAGAGAAAUAGUAGUAGGCAGGCACGUUUCGCAUCGCCGGUAACACACAUUCACGUCCACCCCGCCCGUAACCGACAAGAGGUCAUCGCCGCCGCUGUCAGCGACACUGAAGCAACCUCCGGCACUUCCGACGACGAAGAAGGUGGUGAUGAAAGCACCCCACUCGUAUCUAAAAAUGGUGAUUCCUCCUCCUCUCCUCGUAGGCGCGCAUACUCCGUCACCCACACCGGCCAUAACCACACCAAGCCUAAGCCCGAAGGCACCUCCGGUCAUUCCCAUGCAAACCUCAACAUGCGCGGUGUUUUCCUGCACGUUCUCGGCGAUGCCCUCGGAAAUGUCGGUGUUAUGGUUGUUGCUCUCUGCCUGAUGUACAUCCCGGAUGAGUACACAUGGAAGAACUACCUAGAUCCCUCCAUCUCCCUCGUCAUUACGGUAAUCAUUUUCUCGUCCGCCCUGCCGCUUGUUAAAUCCGCCUCCAAGAUUCUACUCCAAGCCGUCCCAACCGGAAUCUCGCUCGAGGAGGUCAAGGAAGACAUCGCGGACAUCCCUGGCGUUGAGUCUGUCCAUGAACUCCACAUCUGGCAGCUCUCGGACGUAAAGAUGAUCGCCUCACUCCACAUUCAGAUCGCCUUCGACCCUGACCAGGGUGGCCGUUACAUGCAACUCGCACGCUCAAUCAGAACCUGCCUUCACGCUUAUGGUAUCCACUCAUCCACAAUCCAGCCAGAGUACACUAAGCCGGUCGGCGGCGACGUCAUCGCCGCUGACAUGAGCCCUGGUGGCGAGCAAGUCACGGGAUAUGGUGCCACGGCUGACGGCAGCCGUGCGGGAAGCGUAACAGGAAGUGAUUCGGCAUGCCUGUUGGACUGUGGAGAUGGGGGGUUUUGUCUUGAGUGCGAAAGUAGUGGGGAGAGGUGCUUGGGUAAGAAGUAA